GAUUCAUUCCGCUGAUCAGCGGGUCGGCGGAAUGUAUAUAAACAAGAUGAAGAUCAGAAGGACGACAACAACGAUAGACCUCUUCUCAUCUCUCUUUUCUCACUAAAUCACUCUUCCUUAUCCUUCGAACACACUACAAACCCGCAAAGCUUUCCACUUUAAUCUUACCAACAUGUCUGAACACAGCGACAACCGAGUUCUCGGAGGCUACAAGGCCACCUUGUCCAACCCUAACACCAGCGACGAAGCCAAGGAACACGCUCAAGAGAUGAUCGACGAGAUGACGGGAAAGUCCCAGUCCGCCGGUCACCAGAAGAGGCAGCACGUCGACCACGAGAAGGGUUCCCACGAGACCGACGACGAGCACAACAACCGAGUCAUCGGCGGUUACCGAGCCACCCUCAACAACCCCCGAACUUCUGACUCUGCCAAGGAACACGCUCAGGCGAUGAUCGACGAGUUGACCGGCGUCCCUUCCAAGCCUUCGGGCGGCAACAAGAAGGCUCAUGGAAAGCACGACAAGGAGACUGAUGAUGAGCACGCUCACAGGAUCAUCGGAGGUCACAAGGCUAACCUCAACAACCCCAACACUUCUGAGGCGUCCAAGGAACAUUCCAGGGAGGUCUUGGAGGAGUACGGCGUGGUCCUCAAGUAGGAAGAUGUCUUCCUUACAAGGAAUUUUCCUCCUUUACCGCAAACUUGUAUUUGCUCACCUUAGGUGAUUCAUGAACUUGAUACGGCAGGAUUUAUGAGACAGACGAUAUGCAGAUU